GAACGGCGCCGGGCUGUGGGUACACCCCCUCGCGCCCCGACUCCGGCUGGGCUGUCCGCGCUCCAGCCUCCCGUCGGUGGCGGCUGCAAGUCCGGCGGCGGCAGCCCCGGCCGGUGGGCCGGCGAAAAUGAUCCUCUGCCCCCCGAGCGCGGAGCCCCCCCGCGGAAAGCCGUGCCAGAGGCUGCAGGUAAGGGAGCCGGCCCCGAGCGGGGCGACCGGGCUCCCCCUGCAGUGGAGCCCCGGCGAGGGGGCCCCCGUUCGCCCCCGCGGACCCGUCCGCGGCAGCCCUGCAGCGGCCCAGGGAGCUCCGGCCGGGGGGCGGGCAGAGGCGAUGGGUGCCCGCAGCGGCAGAGGCGACCUUGCCCGCAUCUCCCUCCCUGCGGCGCCGCUCGCCUUCUCCCCGUCGUCCUGCCCGGGCGGCGGAGGCGGGGAUGCUAGCGCUCCCAGCCCGAACCGCCGCUGGACCGACCUGCCCCCCCCCCCCGCGCUGCCAAUCAAACUUGUUUUUCUCGUUCUCCUCUUGCCUUUCGGCGGUCGUGCCGGCAGGGGGCGCAGCAACUCUCUUGCGGCCGCAACUGGGACCGGCCGGGAGAGACAAUGGACCGGGACCGCGGAGGAAGGGGGACCGAACCCAUCCAGCUGUUGCUGCUGCCGCCGCCGCCGCCGCCGCCGCUGCUCCGUGGGCAAGGGGGCGUGUUCCUCCAGUUCUCUCCGAUUAGACGGGCGGAGGGGCGCCCCUUCCCGUUUUGGGGAGGGGGUCAAGCCUUCGCUUUCACUGGGAGCUGGGCUGCUUCAGCAAAAGCUGUCCCCCCCCCCGCGUGCGUGGUCCCAAUUUGCUGCUGCCUCGAGGGCCCGGGCCCCUUCCUUUGUUUUGCUCGUCCUGCCUUUGUCUCCCUCCCCCUGCAGCCUCUGGGGGAUGGGGCUGUUGGGGGAUGCGGCUCUCUGGUUCAGCCCCCCCCCCCAACAGUGUCAGUUCCAGAGCUGACCAAGAUGAGCACCAGUGACAAGGAGAGGCCCCCCCAGCUGCUCUUUGUGAAGGCCUUGGCCAGCAGGGGGCGGAUCGAGGCCAUCGCCCAGCAGAUGGGCUACCACCCACACUACCUGGACAGCUUCCUCCGCCUCCAGCAUUACCUGCUGCACAUGGACGGGCCACUGCCCUUCGACUGCCGCCACUUCAUUGCCAUCAUGGCCGCUGCCCGGCAUCGAUGUCGGUACUUGGUGAAUCUCCAUGUGCUGCAGUUCCUGCGGGUGGGUGGCGACCCCCUGUGGCUGAGAGGGUUGGACUACAUCCCCCCCAAGCUCCGCCGGCUCAGUGAGAUCAACAAGGUCUUGGCCCACCGGCCCUGGCUGGUUUGCAAGGAGCACAUUGAGAAGCUGCUGAAGAUCAGUGAGCAAAGCUGGUCACUGGCCGAGCUGGUCCAUGCAGUUGUGCUUCUCGCCCACUACCAUGCCCUGGCCAGCUUCGCUUUCGGCUGUGGCUGUGAGCAGGACCUCGGCCCAGAGGGACGGGGCUCCCUGAAGCUGGGCCUCCCGGGGAGCGUCUGCUUCUGUGACGUGGGCAACGGCUGCAGCCAGGAGCUGCUGCAUCUGAACCGCAAACGGUCCUUGGAUUCCUGCGUGGAGCUGGAGUCUCUUCGGGAGCGUGUCCACCGGCUGCAGGUGGGCAGUGAGACUCGGGAGGAGCUGCGGCUGCCUGCCCAGCGGGAAGAAGGCUUCGAGGGGGAAUUCUCGGGGGCCGCAGACCUUUCCUGCUAUGUCCUGGAUCCCAGCUUUGGCUACCAGGAGUUUGCACAGUGCAAUGAGGACCAGCCCCAGAUCUUCCGUGUGCAGGAUUAUUCCUGGGAAGACCAUGGCUUCUCACUGGUGAAUCGGUUGUAUUCCGACAUUGGGCAUCUGCUGGAUGAAAAGUUCCGUAAGGUCGACAGUCUUCACAGCUGCUCGAUGGCCAAGCGGCAGGGCUGUGAACAUGCCACCUUCAAGCGGGGCAUCUGGAACUACGUCCACUGCAUGUUUGGCAUCAGAUACGAUGAUUAUGACUAUGCAGAGGUCAACCAUCUCCUGGAACGGAUCCUCAAGUUGUACAUCAAAACUGUGACUUGUUCUCCAGAGAAGAUGGAUCCCAAGAUGUUUGAGCGCUUCUGGAAACAGUUCAAGCACAGUGAAAAGGUCCAUGUGAAUCUGCUGAUCCUGGAGGCCCGGCUGCAGGCAGAGCUGCUCUAUGCCCUCCGUGCCAUCACGCACUACAUGGUCUCUUAGGCCACGGGGGCCACCUGGACUUGGCUGGCUGUGCUCUGGUAGCGGCCCCUCCCCAUGUUUACUUGAUGCCCUCUCCUUUCCCUUCAAGAUGUGAAAAGCCGGGCCUGCAGCAGAAGCCCCAGGGCUGGAGGGCAGCUGGGGGUGCUCCUGCUCAUCCCUAGGCCGUGAGUCUCGUGGACAGAAGGGAGCCACAGGGACGUGGCUUCUGUGUUCCUCUUUCUUUCCCAGCCAACUCUAGCGAUGAUAUUUAGUCUCCGUUACAGUAUUGGGGAGGGGGCUCCCUCGUCUCGUGCCAUUCUUCUGCUCAUAGAGUAUACCCAGCUAUCCUGGGGAGCUGGGAAGGGGGCUGCCAUCUUGGACUGGGGUUUCUGGAGAGAGAAGAGGGGCACUUUCUGCUGGCCUCAUCUUGCACUGGGGGGGCAACAGGAAGGAAGGCUUCCAAAAUUUCUUCUAGUGACAGCCCACCCCCUACCUUCCAUCCAAAUGGUCCUCGGAAGCCAAAUUUCAUCCCCCCCCCUGCAGGGCUCUUAUCCUGCUUCCGUCCUCAUAUCCAAAGUCCCACCCCCUCUUGCAAAUGUGCUGCCCUCUCUCGCAGCCGCCUCCAUGCUGUGGCCCUUGACUGACACCCCCCCCUUCGGAUUGCACUUCCCCUCCACACAGUGCAGAUACCCAGCCUGCCUUGGCUUUUCUCCUGGCAUUUCCCCCUCCUUUGGCUAUUUGGGGGAGGUGUCCCACUUCUCCUGAUCCAAGGAGUGAGUUUGGAUACUGGGCAGGCUCUCAUUGACUCCACCUGGCAGAUGGUGGAAUAGCUCUGCAACAGGAGGGGGGCUGUGGUUAACAAGUGGGCAACCGGCAAAGGAGACUGGGAAGGGGGAGGGACCUGGUGCAGGACAUGUGGCAGUAGCUGACUUGUUUACUGUGUAAAUGUUUUGGGGGUGGGAACAAACCAUUGUGUGGGGAAGAGAGAAAAGCCUAUUUUUGCUAUAAAUAUACAUGUUUGACAAAGA